AUGAACCAGCUUCGAAUAUGUUAUAGCGCUACGUAAUACAUAAAAAAUGAAACUUUAAUUUUUUCAAAAAAAUGCGGGCUUGGGUUCAGAAUACAGACAAGUAUGAGUCAAAUAUCUCAAAUCAUGUGAAUAUUAAAUUUUCUAAAAAUAUUCGCGAAAAUAUAACUUACGCAUACAUCUAUGUUGGUCACUAACAUAUUAUUCCCAUUAAAAAAAUAAUAAAUUUAAUUUUUUUUUUAAUUAUGAAUAUUAAUAUUCGUCAUAAAAACAUGUUUAUAGAAGACUCUUUAUAUGCAAUUUCAUGCCAGCUUGAAAAUUAAUUGUUUAUAUACUAAUACACAGUUUACUGUUAAUGGUUUAACGGUGAAUGACAUCAGCGCUGAUCAAUGGGAAAAGCAUUGGAAAGUGGAUAAAGAUCAAAUAAAUGAUGAUGUUUUGCAAAUACUAAAGAUUCCAUCUGGAAAGAUCAAAGUUCUAAAGAUCAUUGGUGUGUGGAUGACAGAUUCAAUGACACAAGCCCUUCUUCCUCAUCUUGAUGUGAUGGAUGAGCUUAGUUUAUUUUCUGAGUUAAAUGAAAUGAACCUGAACCGCUGCAUGGAAGAUAUAUCCAGGAAAAUAUUGGAUCGCCAAAACAAGAUCAUUAUACGUCUGAGUGGUUCAGCAUCAACUUACUGGAAACCAUUGGUUCAAUGUCUUGGUAAAAUAUCGGAGCUACAGCUUGACAUGAGAUACAUUUCAAAAGAAGAGCUUCAGUUAUUGAAAGAAGAGAUUCAACAACUUCCUUGCCCGCAGGACUUUAACUUGAAUGUAAUAGAAGUUACUGCAGAGGAAAGUAGUGAAGGUUCAUAUUAUCAAGACGAAUAUUAUGACGAAUAUUAUGAUGAAGAUUAUGAUUAUUAUUAGAAGUAUUUCAUACGAAUUAAAACAAAUCUUUUUCGGGUUACUGUAAAUUCGACUUUUAUGUAGCCUAUUAUUUAUUCAGUUGACAGAAUUGCAGAGGAAUAUGUUAAACACGCCUCUACAUGUCAGUUAGCAAUCCUACGUUGCAACUGAGCAAAAAAGGGCAAUUAAGAGAACUUUCAAAUUCCAAGUUGUUUUUUGAUGAUUCUUUUUGUUGUUUUCCAAUCACUUGCCUCAAAACAUAAAUGUUACUUACCAAUCUUUUUGUUGUUCCCUUUGGACAAUCAGCUUCAUUUCCUUACAAUGCUUGUGUAGUGUCUGCUUGAUAUAACACCUAAUUUUAGACAGAUAUAUUUUUAUGAACGGCAACCAUCACAACUUUGUUGACAAGAUAAAAAAAAUAAAACCCUAAAUCAAAGCCA